AUGACCGUUGACGCACCAGCUAAAUACGUCUUCCAGGCAAAGGUUGGCGAGGCCUACCCAAAAGCUGUUGCGAGUAAAGGCAACUACAUCACUGUUGAGGAUCCGGCCACCAAGGAGACAAAAGUUUUGCUCGAUGCCAUGACUGGUGCUGCAGUGGGUGCCCUUGGACACGGUGAUGCAGAGAUUGUCGAGGAGAUGAAGAAAGCUGCAGCCAACUCCACCUAUACUUACGGUGCUUAUUAUUCCAACUAUGCGGCCGAGGAACUCGCCAAGUUUAUUGUGGACCAUUCUCCUUCGGGUGCAUUUGCAGCUGCAUUGUUCACCGGAUCUGGAUCUGAGGCUAAUGAGAAUGCAAUGAAGAUCUGCUACCAGUACCACCUGGAGAAAAACGAGCCUCAAAGAGUCAAGUUUAUUGGAAGAAAGCAGGCCUACCACGGUUAUACCAUUGGAUCGCUUUCAUUGGGACAUGGACCUCGUAGAACAAUUUUUCAAGAAAUUUUGUGCAAGGACGAGAACUUUCCAAAGGUGUCCCAGUGCUACCCAUACAGAAACAUGAAGGAAGGCGAGACCGUUGCCGAAUACUCAGCCAGAUUGGUGCAGGAAUUAGACGACACUUUUGUUGCUAAUGGUCCCGAGACUGUUGGAGGUGUGAUCAUGGAGACAGUUGGUGGAUCUACCUUUGGAACCAGUCCACCUGUUCCAGGCUACCUUGACGGAGUCAAGAAGGUGUGCGAGAAGUACGGUGCCUUGCUCAUCAUUGACGAAGUGAUGUGUGGUAUGGGUCGUUGUGGAACUUUGCACGCUUGGGAACAGUUCAUGGACAAUUCUAACGGACCAGACCUGCAGUCUAUUGGUAAGACCCUAGGAUCUGGGUUCGUGACCUUGGCCGGUUUGUUGAUUUCGCCAAAGGUUAAGAAGGUUUACGAUGAAGGCUCUGGUUUUAUUGCUGGAGCUCAGACAUACCAUUGUCACGACUUUAACUGUAAGGUUGGCCUUGCUGUGCAAAAAAAGGUUGCUCGUGAUAACCUGGUUGCCAAUGUCAAGGAGACAGGUACCUACAUGGCCGAUGGUUUCAAGAAGGCUCUUGCCGAGUCCAAGAUUGUCGGUGACAUUAGAGGUGUGGGCACUUUCUGGUCCAUCGAGUUUGUCAAGGACAAAGCGACCAAAGAGCCUUUUGAUCCCAAGCUGGAUGUUGGACAUAUGAUCCAGGAUCUGUGCACUAAGAAUGGAAUUACCUCCAUGGGAAUGCAGGGCACCAUCGAUGGAAAGAAUGGUGACCAUAUCACGGUUGCUCCAGCAUUCAUCUUUACCAAGGAAGAUGCCGAUAUCAUUAUUAAGGCCAUGGUUGAUGCCGUGACUGAGGCCGAAUCAAUCCUGCUGGCAUGA